GUGAGAUGGUGACAGGGUUUACAGACGGAGAGUCAGAGAUAACAGCAGGAGUUUAAUGCAUUGUGUGCUUUUCCAUCGGCAGGCUUUGCAUCCUCUGGAUCCCUCCAGACUGUUCGGAUGGCAGUCGGCCAACACCACAGGCGGCAGCGAAGCGUCCAGCGAGCCGCCGCACUUCUCCAGCUCUCAGCUCGUCAGUAAGUUCGCCGUCGUCGAGAAUCUGGACUUCCUGUAUUACCUGAGUCACGGCCGGCCAGCGUUCGCAUUCGGGGUUUUCCUCACGCAGCAGCUCCUCGACUGCAGCAACGUGAAGCUCCAGGUGUCUCUGGCUGCGGAUCAGGCGUACUCGUUAGGCCUGUUGAACUUCAGCAGCGUGUGUGUGUCGGCGGCGUGUGUGUGUUUCUGCGAGCUGCUGGGUGUGUGUAGCCUCAAGCUGAGGGUGGAUCUCUGUGUGCUGAACCUCGUCCUCAGACUCUGGACUCAGACCUGCGAGGACCACAGAGACGCCGCUUCACUGCGGCAGACGCUCGUGGAGAAGGCCGGCAAGCUGGUCAGCGGUGAGAAACGAAGCGCUCAGGAGCUGCUGGUUCAUCUGGAGGCGGCAGUCAGAGACGCUCUGGAGAAGAAAGGCGUCUGUCGAUCGUCGUAUGAGGCGGCGCAGGAGUGGGCACUUCCUGUCCAGUUCUGUCACCUGCACGCUCUUCCUCUAAGCCCUGCGUUCCCACAGGACUGCGCUCGUGACGGACAGUGGCUCAACUUCCUGCUGUUUGUACAGCUGCACAAUUACCCGCUACAGCAGGUCAGAUCUCUGGCGGCCAGUUUCUGUCCGGCUCUGCAGUCGCACAUUUCUCUGGCUUUCCAAGAUCUUCAUCCCGAGCAGCUCCCAUCAGGCUCUGGAGGAUCAAGGGAGCUGCCGCUCACGCCUCCCCCAGAUCACGAGAGCCCCGAGCCCCCCAGAGAGCUGUUCCAGGUGCUGCUGGAGAGCCAGGAGAAGCCCAGUCCCUGGAGGUUCCUGCUGUCCGAAGCGGUCCGUCAGCGCAGUCCUGCUCUGUCCGUGCUGGCGGCCUGCCAUCAGGUCUGUGCUCCGACGUAAACCAGGGAUGCACCGAUCCCAUACUCACAGUGUUGGGAAGUAACUAGCUACAUUAAUUUAAUUACAAAAUAAAUGUUAUCGUAAUCAGUUACAGUUACUGAGAAAAA